UUGUAUUUGCAUCUUCAGUCAAAUAUAUCAAAACAUAACCUCAGUAUAGAAAUAGUGCAGCAACAAGGUAUUUAAAGCAAUAAUAAUGCACACAGAUCUCUCUCCCCACUUGCAUAGCGAGAAAUGUAACGAAUUAAUAAACUUAUUAAAUAAAUGCCAUGCCGACAAUCCUUUCAUAAAAUUCUUCGGCGCCUGCAACUCCGUGGAUUAUCAAAUGAUCAGGUGCCUGAAAGAGGAGAGAUUAGCACGCAGGAAACGUAAUUCAGACAAAGCUAAAGAGACUCAAAGAAAACUACGUGAAUUAGCGGAGAAUCAACGAUCAACUUCAUCAUAAUGGAAACGAAAAUCAU